UGCUCCGGCGGGUGGUAGCAGGCAGGGCGGCUCGUGCUGGUCCCCGACCGGCCGGAGCGGCAGCGGCUGCGGCGCGGGACAGUAUGCGGGAACCGCUCGUGAUGGGUCCUGCCACCAUGAUGGUCGGAACUGGUGAGCUCUGAUGACACUGCACCAUGUACAGUGUGGAAGAUCUCCUGAUUUCUCAUGGAUACAAACCAGCCCGAGAUGUCUCAGCACCACGGAAGGACAAACCAGAGGGAUGCCGGCCAACAAGAACAAGAACCCGAGCCGGCCAAGGCCUUUUGAAUGGGUAUGAGGAUGGCCCUACAGCUCAUGCCCACAGUAAGUCGUCCCUGGGGACAGGACACGUGAGCAGCUCUGAAAGCCGCAGCAGCAAGCCAAGAGGCCACCGGGAGCGCCAAAGCACGUCUGCUUCUAGAACUCCUGAAGCAGGGUUUUCUAAUCAGCCCGUCUUAGCAUGGUCCUCUCAGCCCCAUAUUGGUAGUGACCACGCCUACCGGAGCAGAGGAAGGCAGGAGGGCAGUGGCUUGCUGGGUCCCAGGGACUGGGAAGAUGUGGAGACCAGAAGAAUGGCUCAGACCCACAGUCUGCCCAUCCAUGUGAGAGAGAGCCCUUGGGAAGUUGCAGGAAGGACAGAGCAUGUGAUAAAGAAGGCCAUUUGGGAAGAAGAGCUGAGGACGCCAGCUCCUGCUAAGUGGUACAACGUGAGCUUGGAAAGCUGGGAGCAGCCAAGGAAGUUAGGGAGGCAAGUGUCCGAGGGUGACAGAGAGAAAAUGUUCCAGGACCUGUACCAGUUUGUUCAAGGAGAGCACAUGCUGACAUCUCAGAACAAAAAGAAAUCCCAGUCAUUGCCUCGAGUUCUUUCUCCCGAGAGCCUGCAUUUCACACAAGUUCCUGUUCCACUACACGAUGGGCACUUACCAGGUGUCCCCAAAGUGCCACCAUACCCUCCUAGCUGCCCACCACCUUUGGAACCCACAAGGAAUCUUGAGAAAGCUAGUUCUUCAGGCCCUUUUCCCCGGCCUAGGUUUGGGAAACCCCUUAAAACUCCGUGUCAUGGCUCUCACCCACAGCCCAGGGGAGAAGAUGCAUUUCAGGACCACCAACACAGGGACCCACGUGGCUCGCAGCCAACAAGAAGUAAGGAUUCCAGGCAUGAGUUGGGUGUGCUGGAUUCUGGCUUGGAGCCCCCGGUGUAUGUGCCUCCUCCUUCAUACAGGUCACCCCCGCAGCACAUUCCGAACCCCUACCUUGAAGAUCCUGUGCCCAGGCAUAUGAGCAGCAGCCAGAGUCAACAGCAGCAACUGCCUGAGAAAGCUGAGGCCAGCUGUCCACUUCCUACUGGCUCCCUUGUAGCUAGGAACCCCUAUGAUCCGACGCCUGGCACUCCUCCUCAAGGCCUUCCCCCCCACCCCUAUCCUUUUGCCGCCCAUGGGGGUUCUAUUGAGUACAUUCCAUUUGACGAUCCACGGAUUCGACAUAUUAAAGUAGCCCUGCCCCCAGAAUACUAUGAGAAGACAAAGCUUGAUGACAUACCCUAUAACUCUGGCAUCAUCACUACCCAGGAACCAGCUCUUGGGAAAAGACAGUACAAUGGUUCCCUUUUCUCACCACAGGGCCCAACACCCCCAUCAGGCAAUGAGCAGGGCUCAGCCUUUGCUCAUUCCAGUCCCCAGUGGCUGCGGGGCCAUGUCCCUGUGGACAUUGAACAUGGAGGCUUCCCUGGCCAAACAGAAGAGCCUAUCAUGAGAGGACUAGCAACAGAUGUGAGAGCCAGCCAGCCAGAAAGCCAUGCCUCUUCCCCACAGCCACAGGGUGAGGGUACCUGCAAAACCUACACCAAGCUCAGAAAGUUUGAAACUGGGAUUCAGACCAAGAAAAGUUCAAAGAAGAAAGCCAAUGCAACCAUAUUUUGUUUGGUUUCUGUCCCAGUGAAAUCUGAGUCACUGCCGCCAGGUACGGAUACGAACAACAAUGACUUGAAGCUGGGAGCUGAUAAGACGCAUGGGCUAUGUCAGGGUACAGGCCUGGAGGAGCAAAGUCUGUUGAGUAUGUCUUCCACUGACCUGGAGCUGCAAGCCCUCAUGGGAAGCAUGGCUUGGAGAAGAACAUCUCCAGGGCAAGGUCUGGGGGAGCCAGAAGAUGGCCAAACUGAUGACCUCAGAUUCCUCCACCUUAUCAAACCCAGGGAGCUCCAGCCUGCUGGCUCCUGGCCAGGCCACCAAUACAGAGAUAAACAGACCCAAACCAGUUUCCCUGAAGACUCCAAAAGCUCACAUCUCCCCCAUGCUACAAAGCCAGGAGAGUCUAACAGUGCAGCACUGACCCCAACAUGCCCAGAGCCCACUGCCUCCGAAGUACACCUGCAUGCAGCCUUAGCAUCCAGUGACCAAAAUCAGAAGCCCAGUGUACCUCACCUCAGAGGGCAGAUGUCCCUCAGCCCAUCUCGCAACAGUGCUUUCUCAAGGACUUCGCCAGCCAUAAGCCAGGCAUCUGUGCCAAAGGGGGUCUGUGGUGAGCCCCCUGGGGCCAGCCCUGUACCCAAGCCAGAGGUGGUGAAGGGGGGAACCACAGCAGGCCAGUGCAACAGCACACAACUUUUUGGUCAGUUUCUCUUGAAACCAGUUAGCCGCCGGCCGUGGGAUCUGAUAAGUCAGUUAGAAAGUUUUAACAAGGAGCUUCAGGAAGAGGAAGAAAGCCAUGGUGCUAGUGGUGGGAGCAGUCAUGAGGACAGUGAGACAGAACAGUCAGAGGACUGUGCUGACUCUAGAGCCGAGACCGGAAGCCGCCAUGAAACCAGCCAGGGAGGGAGAGCAGAGCCACAGCCUGCAGGGCUGGUGUUAGAGGAGUCAGGGUUCCAGGCAAGAAGACUUAGGAAUGAGUCAGAGAACUGGGGUGAGGAACCAAAUCCCGGCUGUGCACGUGCCCAUCCGCAGCCCCUGGGCCAGGCGCAGGAGGAAGACAGCAGAGGUGUUCUUGUCCGGCAGCGGCGGACAGAUGGAAGCCUGGUUGCCGAGCAAAGCCAGGAGGUUCCGAACGGGAUGUGUGAGCGGGACAUUAGCCUGAGUCCGCUGAGCAGCAUGGCUCCCAGUGACACAAAAUCAGCCCCCUUUUUCUAUCUGGCAGAACUGAGAGGAAGUCAAGAACUCACCAAGGUCAGCGAUGCUCUAGGGUCUGUGCAGCUAGGCAGAGAGACCCCUCCAAAGGUGGGCAGUGGUGAGGAAGGGGACAGAGAAGUCCUGCUGCCUCUCGCUGACAAAUACCGAGGCCUCUCAACACCAGACUUGAGGUCUUUGGAGCUCACAGGGGGACAAAAGCAGAAUGCCUAUAAAUCAGAGCCUCUGGGUAUAGAGAAUACCGUGGAAGUCAUCCCAAGUGAAUCGCUGCAGGAGCGGGCAGAGAGGAUCCUGGGCAUUGAGGUGGCCAUGGAGUCCCUCUUGCCAGGUGCUAGGAGAGGAGGACAGAGCCAGCUCCCCGAGCCUGAUGCAAGUGCCUGCAACCUAGAGUCAUCCAGAGAGGACUCACUGCCCAGCUUAGCACCAUCAGGGGGCCGCACAGUGGCCACCGAUGCCUUCUAUGGCAGGAGAAAGUGUGGCUGGACUGCGAGUCCCCUCUUUGUAGGGGACAGGGCCCCUCAGGCUUCUGUAUGCUCAGAUGUGGAUGGGCUCCCUGCAAGCCAGGCCACCAGCCCUGAGCCCGAGAAAAAGGAUGAGGAGGCAAAACCACCCUUUAAGUCCACUCUGUUCCAUUUCAUGGAACAGACUGCAAGCGUGGUAGGCUCCGAAAAGAGGCUCCGAAGCCCUUCCAAAAUGAUCGAGAGUUUACAGGAAAAAUUGGCAUCGCCCCCGAGGAAGGCAGACACAGAUCGCUUGGUAAGAAUGAGGGAGAUCAACUCCUUGUCUCGGAUGAGGUGUCUGAAUUCCAAGAGUGUAAACUCCAUGGAGGAGCCCGACCACUUAAAGGCCACCGCGAGUCAGGCCUGGCCUUCAGGAGGCCUUAUGUCCCCGAGUGGUAGAGACCAGGCCUGGCAAGCAGGACAUCUGUCCUCUGUCUCUCAGGAUGUCAUCCCUCAAGAAGAAAAUGGGCAUCCUGAAGUACCGAGGGAGAAGCUGUCCAAUCAGGACUUGUGGUGUGCAGAGUCAUAUGAUCCCAGCCGAGUGGAGAGGGUGUGAUGGAUGCUGGUGAAGUCCUCACCUGCCUUGUCCAGGCUGACUCUGGAAACUGCUGGGUUUUCAGCAUUCCGACUCCUGCUCUGCCCAUCAGUGGGAAAUCCGUCAUCCCUACAGAAUUGUUAUGGAGCUAAAGCAGUGGUGUGCUGACACCAUCUGUCUUUAUAGCAUGGAUAUAUAAUUCCUAUGUUUAGAAAUGAGUUUUCACAUCAGUUCCCCUUCCUGGUAGAUUAGGCUGAGCUGGUAAAUAGCUUGGUGUUAAUCUGGUUUUAUGUGAAAAAUCAAGUGUGGAAGAUGCAGUGGGUAGUUUUGAUUGGACCAUAAUGCCAUGCAUUCCCUGCUGUGUCUCCCCAGCUCAUGCUCAUGUUUAGGAGUGUGGCCUAGGCCCUUCACUUGGUAUUUGGACACUAACAGUUUAAGAAGAAUAUGUGACUAUGUAUGGCCCAUUUUUAUUACUCUACCUUCGGCAGCGUGGGGUAAUUGGUAAGUAAGUGCUCUCUACUGGCAGCAGCUUCCUGUGUUCCUGAAGGGUCAUACUCACGCUGUAACUCACCCAAGAGGUGAUUCACGGCAUUGAAGCAAAUGUGCCGCGCUCUGCUUUGCACUCCGUCUUUCCUAGGUCUUACUCUCUGUGUGAAUGUUUAGAUAUUCUUUAUAUGAAAAGUAAUUGCUGGUUUAAAAUAGACCAGGUAACAAAGUAACUAUAUUUCUUUUUAUAAAAUUGCUAUUUUUCUAUGAUGUAUAAACAGUUCUUAGGUGGCAGAUUUUUAAGGAAGUGCUAUUUUAUUUAAGAGUCUAUCCCUAUGUGUGUGAGGGACCCGAGAGGGCCCACCUCGGCUCCAAAACCGUUACCCCUGCUCCAACUUCGGCUCUGCUCCUUUGAACGCUGUGUCAGAGUGUCAGUGAAGACCAAUCAUCACAAGUUCAUUCAUCCUCACAAAGAUGCUUUUCCACAGAAGGAGCUGGGAGGUCACAUUCCAAGUCACCCCUCUCAAAACUGGCUAACAGCUUCACGGUCAUUUGCAGCCAUGUCAACUAAGAUUGCCCAAACCUCAUGGUUUCAUCUUGUAUUGCUGUGGGGAAUCUGCCCCGAGAAGAAACUUUUCUCUUGCCCGUCACCUUGCUCCUUUAAAGAAAGAUCUAUUUUUGUCUAGAAUGACCCUGAUUACCUAAUCUUGCAUAUUCUACAAAGUGCUUGGAGAUAGUACGUAGGUGGUAUCUUCGCGUGCAUAUGCCGUGAUGGAAGUAUCAGAGGCCUGUGGUUCUACUACUGCAUUUGCCUGCAUAGUUUAUGUGUUUUGUGGCAUUUCACCUUCUGUCUGAGGAAGAUCCUUGCUAGCUACAUCUUCCAAAGGUUUUGUCCCCUUCUUUCCCUUCCUUCCCUCUCUCCCUGACUCCCUCCUUCCCUUUCU